CAGGCACAGAAGUCCGAGCCAGACAGAAGAAGUUCUGUCUUACGUUACGUUGCACGUAACUUCAAGUUUUCUGGAGCUUUUGCAAUUGGGAGCCGAAGUGUUUUGGAAGGGUAACGGGGACCUGCGCCAGCCGGCCGUCAUAUGACUGUACAGCCCUACCGUCGAACAUCUCGAAUGCAUCGCGGCAUAUGGUACGGUACGGGUAGUACCUGUAAGCCUACCUCAAACUAUACGGUUACGGUGAACAACCCUAGCCGACUCCGAUUCCUGGCUCGACUGAGUUGAAACUAGUAGACUCAUUCAUUUUGAUUUAAAUACGAGAUGUCUUACUCUUAUCCGAUCAUUCGAUCCACACACCCGCUCUUGAAUCAUUUGCCACUAGACCAUGUUGACAAUCACCAACAUUAACUAUCUGGACCUACUAUGCCUUACCGGUGUUACAAUUGGAGUCUAUCUGGUAAAGCAGGUGGUCAUCAAGAAGAAUCCUGCACCAUACCCACCUGGUCCCCGGGGGUGGCCUCUCAUUGGCAAUAUUUUAGAUAUGCCUCACAUCAAGCCCUGGCUUACAUUUAGUGUGUGGGGUCAGAAGUAUGGUGAUAUCACGCAUAUCAGGGUUCUGGGUCGCCACAUCAUUGUGCUGAACUCUGUCAAGACCGCAAUGGAAAUGAUGGACAAAAAAAGCAUUGUGUACUCUGACCGUCCUGUUCUUCCUAUGUGUGGCGAACUUGUUGGCUGGAAGGAUUCUUUGCCCUUCCUUCCUUAUGGUGACCCUUUUCGCCAGCAACGCAAGAAAUUACAUCGCAUCAUCGGCAGUCGUGCUGCAGUGAGCGUAUACAAUGAGGUUGUGGAGGUUGAGACUCGUCGAUUCCUGCAGCGUGUGCUUGCAAAAUCCGAUCGACUGCAGGAGCAUGUCCGACACACUGUUGGCGCUAUCAUUCUGCGCAUCUCUCAUGGUUACGAAGUGAAAGAGAAAAAUGAUCCCUUUGUUGACCUUGCAGACCGCGUUACAAGCCAUGUCUCGCAGGCCACAGCUCCCGGUGCCUUUAUGGUUGAUAUUUUACCAUUUUUGGCAAAGGUCCCCGCGUGGUUCCCCGGGGCUGGCUUCAAGCGCAUAGCACGUGAAUGGCAUGAGACCCUCGAAGAGAUGGUUUCUGCACCCCACAAGCUCGUCAAGGACCAGAUGGUUGCUGGCAUCGCCCCUGUGUCUUUUACCUCGAAUCUUUUGGAAGGCGGCGAUCUGUCUGCGGAGGAGGAACACGUCGUGAAAUGGUCUGCUUUUUCCAUAAACGUUGGUGGUACCGACACGAGUGUUUCCGCAAUAUACUCGCUUUUUCUAGCUAUGACACUUUUCCCUGAUGUGCAGAAGAAAGCUCAGGCUGAAAUAGAUGCGGUUGUUGGUCCUGACCGUCUUCCCUCCUUCGCCGAUCGCGACUCCCUCCCUUAUACUGAGGCUCUUGUCAAAGAAGUCCUGCGCUGGAACGUUAUCCUUUCCACUGGUUUUCCUCACUGUGUGGCUGAAGAUGAUAUCCAUAACGGGUACUAUAUUCCAAAAGGCUCCUUAGUACUACCUAACAUUUGGUUGAUGCUCAACGAUCCACAGACAUAUACUAACCCCUCUCAAUUCAAUCCUGAACGCUUCUUGGCUAAGGAUGGAAAUGACCCUGAGAUGGAUCCUCGUACGGUGUGUUUUGGCUUCGGUAGACGUAUUUGCCCAGGCCUCCACCUUGCUGAUGCUUCCGUUUGGAUAUCUGCUGCAAUGUCACUAGCCGUAUUCGAUAUCUCCAAGGUUGUUGAGAAUGGUGUUGAGAUCACCCCCGAGGUUGAACCCUUACCAGGUACGGUCAGCCAUCCCAAACCGUUCAGGUGUUCCAUCAAGCCUCGCUCUGCAACUGCCCUCGAGCUUAUUGGACAAGAUGCUAACUACUAAGCUCACGAUGGUGAUACCGGAGAAAUACACGUGAAUAUGAAUACUUGGCAUGCGUCGUAAUUUGUAUGUUACACUCAAGAGUUGUGCAAUAUGAUUUUUUAGAGUUCG